GCCAUGACGUCAUAAUUCGAAAGGAUAUCCCUAACGUCACGUUUUAUUCCAUUCAACAUCACAUGCAUCUUCACUACGCAUUUCCUAGAAUGAAAAUAGUAAAAUGCCAAAUGAGGAGUCAAUUAACCAGGCAGAAGUUAUAUGGAACUAUUUGAAACUCAACCAUACACUAGAAAAGAGCGAUUUGAUUAUCGUAUUUGGGAAUCCUGAUAUAAGGACAAUAGAAUAUGCUUCAAAAUUGUGGUUAGAUGGAUUUGCUAAAUGGUUGAUGAUUACUGGGAAUGAAGGAUCACUUACAAAAGGAAAAUGGCAAAAGCCUGAGGCACAAAUAUUCAAAGAUAUUGCUGUUAGUCAGGGUGUACCAGAGGAAAAUAUUCUUUUGGAGGAAGAAGCAACUAACACCGGAGAAAAUGUAACAUUUUCAUAUGAAAUACUCGAAAAGCUUGGUCUACUGGAUUCGAUUAAAACAAUAAUUUUGGUUCAGAUGCCGUUUAUGGAGAGACGAACAUAUGCAACAUUUGCUAAGCAGUGGCCUAGCGGCAUGAAUCAGUUAGACAGAGUUUGUGUUACGUCGCCUGCCAUAGAUUUAAUGUCAUACCCUAACGAUGAUGUCGGUGAUUUAGAUAAAAUAAUGGAAAUGAUGGUUGGUUGUCUCCAACGUGUUAAACAUUACCCUAAACUUGGAUUUCAGAUUGAACAAGACAUUCCUGAUAAUGUUUGGAACAUUGGAGAGAACUUGUUGUCCAGUGGACAAUACUAGUUUCAAUUAACUAUUAAAAUAUACACUUGAA